AGGGCCCGGAGGGCGGUGGCGGCGGAGCGGGCGGCAUGGGUCCUGGCCGCCGGCUUCGCUGAGACGCGCUCGCGUGGGCUGCGCUCCCGGGCCCGCAGUGGUCGCGGCGGCAUGAAGGGCGCUCUGGGGAGUCCCGUGGCUGCCGCCGGCGCCGCGAUGCAGGAGAGUUUCGGCUGCGUGGUGGCCAACCGCUUCCAUCAGCUGCUGGACGACGAGUCGGACCCGUUCGACAUCCUGCGCGAGGCCGAGCGCCGGCGCCAGCAGCAGCUGCAGCGCAAGAGGCGCGACGAGGCGGCGGCGGCGGCCGGGGCCGGUCCCCGCGGCGGCAGGAGCCCAGCCGGGGCCUCGGGCCACAGAGCCGGCGCGGGCGGCCGGAGGGAGUCGCAGAAGGAGCGCAAGAGCCUCCCGGCGCCCGUCGCUCAGCGGCCCGAUAGCCCCGGGGGCGGCCUGCAGGCGCCGGGCCAGAAGCGGACUCCUAGAAGAGGGGAGCAGCAAGGAUGGAAUGACAGCCGUGGGCCGGAGGGGAUGCUCGAAAGAGCUGAGCGGAGAUCCUACAGGGAAUACCGACCCUAUGAGACAGAGAGGCAGGCGGACUUCACAGCUGAGAAGUUUCCAGAUGAAAAACCAGGUGAUAGGUUUGAUCGAGACAGACCGUUGAGAGGACGUGGAGGCCCGAGAGGGGGUAUGCGCGGCAGAGGCAGAGGUGGCCCUGGGAACAGAGUUUUUGACGCUUUUGACCAGAGAGGAAAGCGAGAAUUUGAAAGAUAUGGUGGGAAUGACAAAAUAGCAGUCAGAACUGAAGACAACAUGGGUGGAUGUGGAGUUCGAACCUGGGGAUCGGGUAAAGAUACCAGUGAUGUGGAGCCAACUGCACCGAUGGAGGAACCCACAGUGGUGGAGGAGUCCCAGGGCGCCCCGGAAGAGGAGUCUCCAGCCAAAGUUCCUGAGUUGGAGGUAGAAGAAGAAACCCAAGUUCAAGAGAUGACUUUAGAUGAGUGGAAAAAUCUUCAAGAACAGACCAGACCAAAGCCUGAGUUUAACAUCCGGAAACCAGAAUCCACUGUUCCUUCCAAAGCCGUGGUGAUUCACAAGUCAAAAUACAGAGAUGAUAUGGUAAAAGAUGACUAUGAGGACGAUUCCCAUGUUUUCCGGAAACCCGCCAAUGACAUCACAUCCCAGCUGGAGAUUAAUUUUGGUAACCUCCCUCGUCCUGGGCGUGGAGCCAGAGGAGGCACCCGGGGAGGCCGGGGAAGGAUCAGGAGGGCAGAGAACUAUGGACCCAGAGCAGAAGUGGUGAUGCAAGAUGUUGCCCCCAACCCGGAUGACCCGGAAGAUUUCCCUGCGCUGUCUUGAAAGAGCCCUGUUUCCCAGCACCGCGGAGCUGCACUGCACACCUGUGGGGAGACUUUUCCGGCUGGGCCAAGGAGUCAGACUCUAAGAACAAUAGAUGUUGCUUUUCCCGUGUCGUGUAAAUUUGUUGCACUUUUUCGGGCUGGGCUGUUAGAGGUGCUUCUCCAGAGGCUCGAGAGCAGGCCAUUUCCCAAGAAGAUGAAGAAUGGUGACUGUGUUUUUAUUGAAGGAAUUUCAAAUGAAGAACAGGAAUAAUGUUUAAAAUGUGUAUAUAGAGAUAGUAUAGACUCCUCCGCGGAAGCAUGGAGGGAAAGGAGGUUGUAAAAUAGACUCCAUGGAGACUCUUAGGAAGCAGUAGAUUCCCAGGGUCUGUGCCUUUAGCGUUAGAGGAAACACAUAGAGCUGGAACUGUUAAUGGAAAGCAGUCACAGCUGAGUUUUCAGAGACCAAGAAAUUAAAAUACAAUUGCACUUAC